UGUUCGUUGAGCUUCUUGGCUAAACCGCUUUACGGAUCAUAUGCUUUCGGAACAUCGUUUGUGAUGCAUCAAAAUUAUUCAAUUUGUUAUUGUGCCAUGAAAAACAAACUAUUACAAAAUUUCAUUAGCUGUUAUCAAAACGUAUAAGUAAAUGACUAAUACGUAUAUCGCAAGCAUCCAAUCAACAUCGCAGAAAAGAGGCUUCAACGCUUCGAUAUAUUCGAGUAAUCGACUUACCAUGCAAGGAGGAUUGUAGGUUGUGUUGUAGGUAAAUAAAUUCCUCGCUCUCCGCACUCAUAAUGAGUUACAAGGAAAAUUUUAAUAUUUUCGUAGGCGGAAAAUCGGGUGUUUUUAAAGGAAUAAAAAUUGGAGGAAAAACGGACAUAAUUAAAAAUAUACAAGACUUGGUCUCUAUUACGGAAAAUGAUCGAGUGACCACUGUCGCGUGGGGCGACAAUGAUGAACAAGAAGUUCUAAUAGCAUGUGGUACAAAGGAAAACAAAAGAGUAAAAAUAUACGACUCCGAGAGUUUAGCAUUUACAUGUUCGUUUCCUUGUAAUACAGGCCAAGGAAGUAUCAUAGGCAUAGCAAAAUAUGACAGAUCGAUUUUAACAGCGGUCAAAUCUGGACAAAUAAGUUUAUGGCCAUUUGACAGAAAAGAGGAGGUAUUAAUAAACGCUGGAGAAAAUUUGAAUGGAAUGUGUCAUUCACAUAUGGAAAAAACCAUAAUAGCAACUGGAGGGCUGGAAAAUAGGCUGAAAUUAUUUGAUUUAGAAAAGCAAAAGCUAAUAUUUAGUGAAAAAAAUCUUCCACAUGACUCGCUGGAAUUAAGAGUACCUAUUUGGAUAUCGGAUCUGAAUUUUUUGCCAGGAACCAAACAGAUAGUCACAGUCGGCAGAUAUGGGCAUGUACGCUUAUAUGAUCCACAUGUUCAAAGACGUCCUGUAAUAAAUUUAACAAUUAAAGAUGAAGCUUUGACUUGCUUAAGCAUGACGUCUAAAGAAAAACAUAUUAUAGUGGGAUCGGGUAAAGGCAGGAUGAACCUCAUUGAUCUAAGAAAAUCAAGCACUGUAUUAAAUACAUACAAAGGAUUUGCCGGCGGUGUAACCGGGAUAGCUUGCAGUAUGAAUAAUCCAUAUGUUGCAAGCGUUAGUCUCGAUAGAUAUUUGAGGAUACAUCAUAUCUUUACAAAAGAACUCUUGAAAAAAAUUUACUUAACAUCAAGAUUAACGUCUCUGAUAAUGAGAUCGGAUUUCUUUAUGGAAGCAAGACUCGAGCAUGGUUCUAAAUAAUAUUUGUCAACGUGAUUUUAAAUAAAUAAGAAAUUUUAAAUCUCUUAUAAAAAUACGCGUGUACCUGUGUAUUGUAAAUUCGUCCUCACACUUUAUAAAUUUUGUCUUUUCGAUACUCGAAUCAGAAAUUAUACAAAAUUUAUUUUAGAUUACGGUACUUUGGCUUAUGCAUAGAUUAUUCUCUUUUCAACAAAAACCUUAAUAUAUUUCGAGUUAUUUUAAAAUUAUUCAAAAUUUAGAAUCUUCUCAAUCAAUUAUGUGAAUUCGAAAGUAUAACUAGAGAGGAAAGAAAUAUAGAGAAAGUCGUAAUUAAAUAAAACAUUCUGUGUGUGUGUGUGUGUGUCUUUAAGGUUCAAAACGCGAGACGACAGUUUAAUAUAUAGGUAUAUAUUGUUAUUUGGUAAGACUGUCGUCUCACGUUUUAAACCUUAAAAAAGAAACAAGGAUUGAACAAGGAACAGGGAUAAUAUGCCAAACAUCAGUUCAAUUAUAAUUGUGUAAUGCAUAAAAGCAUUAUUUGUUGAUUAUUUAUUGUACAAUUAUCAUUAAUAUUUUAUCAAUAGUUCUUAUUUUGGUUCUUAGAUUCAGCGUGUACCGAGUUCAAUCGCUUAUUCUUCUCAAUUCGUCUCACUAAUAUUAUAUAGAAUGAAGAGAAGCGCUAAAUAUUUUCUCCGACUAUUUCUACUGUGCCCUCAACAAGUAACAAGUUGUGUCAAAGCCAAGUUUGCAGUGUACACUGCACAUUACAGCAUAAUUUUUAGUAACUUUAAGUAGAAGAUGGUAAAAUGUGGCAACUCGCAAGAUGUUUCAACAAACGCAUAUUGCGCUAAAGAAACAAAAUAAAUAAAACAACGCUCGCGACUACAGCACAUUAAAUAGUACUUUUCAGCUGUACAAAAAUCUUUGUUCAAACUAUGCUUCCUGUUAAUUAAUACUAAUGUUUAACUUGUAUUCCCCGCGACUGCACUUACAUCUCAAAUAGAAUAUUUAUAUUUGUAUUCCA